AUGAGAUGCGAGUACGGUGACUCGCCGUCGUGUCCGACGGACUGCGGCGGAGGCGUAGAGGAGGAGCUAGUAAUGAGCGAGGUUCACCUGGGGUGCCCUCCGAACCACGCUGGGCCCCACAUCUCCCGUUUCACAAUCUCAUCACCACCUCGAGAUGAACAAAUUGAAGUUAAUUCAGAUUCAGUGAGAACAAAAGCAUGUGAAGUGGAUGAAGAUGGUGACUUGAUUCUGCCCAGGAAGCGUAAUCCUCCAAAAGAUUCUUUUGUUAUCAGCAUCCAACAUAAUAUCACCUCAUCCAUUCCCAGAGUUGGUCUCCAGAGCAGAACUAGUCCUAGGCUCCUAGCUGAUUUUGUGCUUCAUGUGAUGAGUAAAUCAACAAAUUUUGAUGGGAUUGUUGCUACAGAACUCGGCGCAGGUACUGGGUUGGUUGGCAUGUUACUUGCACGUGCUGCUAAUACUGUAUUCGUAACUGACCAUGGUGAUGAAAUACUCGAAAACUGUGCCAAGAAUUGCAAUCUCAAUGCUGGGAUUUUCCACAAAAAGGCUUCUAUAUAUAUACGUGAACUUGAUUGGACGAGUCCAUGGCCACCCGAGAUAGUUGCGAAUUCUCCAUCUCAGCAAAAAUAUGGUUGGAGCAUGGCAGAGGUUGAAGAGCUCCAGAGAGCUACUGUUCUCCUUGCUGCUGAUGUCAUAUACUGUGACGAAUUAACCGAUGCAUUCUUCAGCUUAUUAGAAGCAGUUAUGUCUAGUGGUGUCGAGAAGGUUCUAUACGCAGCUUUAGAAAAGCGGUACAACUUCACCAUUGAUGACCUUGAUGUUGUAGCCAAUGGUUAUUCACACUUCCGAAGUUAUCUUAGAACCGAGGAAGAUGAGAACGGCUUUGAAACUGAAAAUUCACCGAGCUUUUUGGGUAAGCUCAUGAAUCUUGACGAGAUACCUCAGUACGUGAGGGAGUAUAACCGAGGUGAGGAUGUUGAGUUAUGGCAAAUCAGAUAUGCGAAGCCGAAAUGCUAA